CCACCCUCUGGCUGAAAAACUUCCUCCUAAUUUUUCUUCUGGAGCAGUAGCAAUGUUUCAGCCUCCAAGCUGCACUGCUGCCUUCCCUUCUGUGCCCUUUGUCUGCUUGGCAUCAUCCCCAGCAACUUUGUGCACACGCAGACCAACAGGACAAAAACCAAAUUAGCCGCCUGAGUACAGCAGGCCUUGGCUGCACGGAGUGCUUCAGUGGCAAAGCAAUUUAGAGUGAGUAAGCGGGCAGUCGCUGCCAUGAGAGUAAACACUGUGAUAUUUAAAAGUGUGAGUUCAGCACGAAGCCGGCUGCAGGAAGGGGUUCGGUUUGAGGAAGCUCCAUCUCGAGGUGUUUGUGCACAGAAAGGCUUUCUCACACUGCAGGUUGUGCUGCUGGAGGAGCUGACUCAGCCCCAGCUUUGGCAGCACCGGCUCCAACUCAGUGAUGUCGUGCAGUGAUGUGGCUCAGGAGCAGCACAAGGUCGGGCCUUUGGUUUUUAAGAGUGGAUGUGUGCAAGGCAGGGAGGGCGCACCUCCAUCCCCUUCGCUCUCUGCUCCUUGGUGCUUCAUUGAACUGCUUUUCAGCACGGGGUUGGCUCAGGUCUCCCAGCUGUUGUUGCACAGACCCACGUGUCGUUUUGGUGGCUGGUUUUGGUCCUUGGAUGUGUGUGGACCUCCAUGUUGUGCUGACCAUCCUACAUGCCCUGUACUCUACCAGCAAUGUUGGCAAAGCACAGAUAGGUUGAUUUGGCAAGCUCCUGCCUGGAAUGGAAACGAGUCCCUUGUUUUUAACAGAAAUAACCUCAGUCUCAGCCCAUGGUACGUUUAGGAGGAUAAAGGCUGCUGAGGGAGCUGCCAUGGUGCAGCGUGCUGCUCACACUGCUGGUUUGAUGCUGAAAGCAGUCGGUGGGAGUGCAAAUGUUCUUCCUGUUAAAUUCAUGAGAAGGGGAGUCAGGUUCUUACCACGAAGACAUAACCACAAAGAAAUAACAAACCACCUGGUUGGGCUGCGUGACAUCAGUCUGUCAGAUACCUUCAGCACAGCGUUGGAUCCCGCGCUGGUAACGAGCAAUAAAAUGAAGUCAUGCCCUGAAGAUGGCGUGGACGGAAGUUUGCUGACCUGGAGGUGGAAGUCUUGUGGAGCCUGCCUGCUGCCAGCACUGCCUUCCCCUGCUUUCCUGAUGCUGACAGCCUCAGCACUGCUGCAGGAGCUGCUCUGCAGGGAGUGCCCUCGUAAGGAGCCUGGGAAACCCUUCAGUAGUGCUGUUAACACUGAUGAGAGAUCUUUUAUGCCAAGGUUGCUGGUACCUGAGCAGCCCGCGCCAUGCGUGAGUACAAGCUAGUGGUCCUUGGCUCAGGAGGUGUGGGCAAGUCUGCCUUGACUGUACAGUUUGUUCAGGGAAUUUUUGUUGAAAAAUAUGACCCAACAAUAGAAGACUCAUACAGAAAGCAAGUGGAAGUAGACUGUCAACAGUGUAUGCUUGAAAUCCUGGAUACAGCAGGGACAGAGCAAUUCACAGCAAUGAGGGAUCUCUAUAUGAAGAAUGGCCAGGGGUUUGCACUAGUAUAUUCAAUAACAGCACAGUCCACGUUUAACGACCUGCAGGACCUGCGGGAACAGAUCUUACGGGUGAAGGACACUGAAGAUGUUCCAAUGAUUCUGGUUGGCAAUAAAUGUGAUCUGGAGGAAGAACGCGUAGUUGGCAAAGAACAGGGUCAAAACUUAGCAAGACAGUGGUGUAACUGUGCCUUUCUAGAAUCGUCUGCAAAGUCUAAAAUCAAUGUUAAUGAGAUCUUUUAUGACCUGGUCAGACAGAUAAAUAGAAAAACACCAGUGGAAAAGAAGAAGCCUAAAAAGAAAUCAUGCCUGCUGCUUUAGACUCCCAUGGCGCAGCAGCUCUGAGCCAGAUUGCAGGAAUGAAGAACUGUUGCCUAAAUGGAAAGUGCCAGCGUUCCCAACGUCACCACCUUACAGAAAUUAGUGACAUAUCUGAAGGAGCUUCUCCUGUUUUUGUAUACGACGAGAAGAAUUUAGAUCUUAAAAUGGUUUGCACACAGUCCCUGGAAAAAGAAAUUGCUCUCUGUAUAUCUCUUGGAAAUUGAAGACAGUAGCAUUUCUCCUUUGCAAUAGCAGUUAACAGAUGUGAAAAAUAAAUAUAAUUGACUCUAGUGUAUGAUUAUACAAAGGAGCAUGGAUGCAUUUCAAAUGUUAGACAUUGCUACUAUAAUUAAAACUUCAUAUUGACCCUUAUAUCAUAAUUUCUCCCCGUCGAGCACUAAAAAUGUUCCACCAUUAUAUUUUAUAUCUGUAACUAUAGAUAUAUAUUAUCUGAGAUUUCCCUUUGAACUCACUGCAGCAAAUAACUUUUUGAGUCGUUGACUUCAUUUUAUAUUUAAAAGUUACAGAAUAUCAUUAUUUUCAUUCUGCCAUUAUAUUCUAAUUAAAAAUGUUUGUGCAUAAUGCUUUGGAAAAAUGGGUCUUUUAUAGGAAAAAAACAAAAAAACUGGGAUAACUGAUUUCUAUGGCUUUAAAAGCAAAUAUAUAUAAUAUACUAAACCAACUCUAAUAUUGCUUCUUGUGUUUUACUGUCACAGAUUAAAUUACAGCUUUUAUGAAUGAUUAAAUUUUAGUACAUUUUCA